AGGUCACUCACUCUUCUACACCUAGUGAACCUCCUUUUCCCCUUAAUUUUUAGAGCAUUAUCCCGUGAUAUCCAAUUGUCCCGCCAAAUAUCCACUGCAGCUCCGGAUCCAAUACGCCAAAUAACUCCUUUUUUAGAAGCUCAAGGCCAUGAAGAAUGCCUUGCCAUGAUGGUGAGCCUCCACUUGAGAAAACAGUGUCAUGAAGUUGGCCUCCAAGGAAAUACUUUGCCUUAAGCACCCGUGCACACAGACUCUGAGGAAAUUGCAGGAGUCGCCAUGCUUGCCUAGCCAAUAGAGCUUGGUUGAAGGCUUUUAAAUCACAAAAGCCCAUUCCACCGAAACCUUUUGGAGCCGCAAGUUUCUCCCAAGAAAUCCAGUGAACCUUCCUUUCAUUCAACUCAUCCCCCCACCAGAAAUUCAGAAUCAGUUGCAUAAGCUCCUCACACAAGCCAGCUGAGAGUUUGAAAAUUCCCAUAGAAUAUGUGGGGAUUGCUUGCAUAAUCGAUUUGAUUAAGACCUCCUUCUCCCCUGCAGAAAGGGAGCCCAGGGUAUUUCUCCUCGAAACCCGCUUUUUCCACACCAAGGAUGCUCUUCACCACCUCUUGGUUCUCUGCACUGCAGGAUCUUCCAAACAAAACAGAAGAUUUAUUUAAACUCAAGAGCUGGCCCGUACUCCUCUCAUACCUUGUCAAAGCAUCUUGCACAAUUGACGCCUGGUCUCGAGUAGCCUUCAAAAAUAGGAGACUAUCAUCUGCAAAUAGUAAGUGUGACAGUCCCGGCGCUCCACGGCAGAUAACCAUCUACUUUAGUUUACCUCUCUGAAUUUCCUUAUUUAAUAUACGCGAGAGACCAUCAGCAACAAAAAGAAACAAAUACGGGGAGAGAGGAUCUCCUUGAUGGAGGCCACGCGACGGAGAAAAUUCCUGGAGCUGCUCUCCGUUGAGGCGAAUAGAAUAACGCAUUGUGGUAACACACGUCAUAAUCCAGUUAAUCCACCUUUGAUGAAAGCCCACUUUAUGCAAAAUUGCCUCUAAGGCUCCUCAAUCAACCCGAUCAUAUGCUUUAGCAAGGUCCAACUUACAACAACAACAACAACAUCCAACUUAUAAGCACAAAAAUCUCCAUGUUCGCUUACACUCUUCUGUAUAGCAUGGAUACACUCAAACGCAAUUAACGCGUUAUCUGUGAUCAAACGCCCCGGGAUAAAGGCACUUUGAGUAGGGCUGAUGAUAUGCUCUAAUAAUGGUCUCAGUCGAUUGACAAGGCACUUUGAAAUGACUUUAUAAAUCACAUUACAAAGACUGAUAGGUUUAUUGAUUUUCUGGAUCAUUGAUUUUCGGGAUUAACACAAUAGCAGUAUCGUUAAUCCCCUUAUCCAUAAUUCCUUCUGUGAAAAACAUAUGAACUGCUUUGAUUGUAUCUUCUCGAAGCACCUCCCAAUGCCUCUGGAAAAAGCGAGCUUAGAAACCGUCUGGCCCUGGAGCUUUUAAUAGGCCAAUUUGAAACAGAGCAUCACUAAUCUCUUUAUCUGUAAAACCUUCGCAUAAUUGUGCAUUCAUGCCAUCCGAAAUCACGGGUUCCAGAAUUUGAAUUAAUGGUUCUGGAUCAACAGCCAGGUCCCUUGUGUAUAGGUUUAUGAAAGCUUUGUUCACGAGAUCCUCCAUAUCCUCCUUUUUGUCCAACCAAACACCAUUUGUGCCUCUAAGACGCUGGAUCCUAUUCUUCUUGGAGCACCAUGCACCUUUACGAUGAAAAUACUUGGUAUUCCGAUCCCCUUCGUGCAUCCACGCAAUGCGAGAGCGUUGGAACCACAUCAUCUCCUCCUUGUAGAGAAGUUCAUCCAUUUCCCGUCCUAUUAUCAUUCUCUCUUCUGCAGCUUGUUCAGACUGAUCAGUGAGAAGAACUUCCAGUCGAGCUCUUCGUUUCUCCAAUUCCUCAGUAACGUUCCUGAUAUGCCUACGACCCCAACCAUGCAGCGAGCCCAUCAUAGAUUUUAGGUUACCCGCAAAAUCACCCAGACUUCCCACCGGUCAGGCGCGCUUCCAAGUCUCCUUAACCUCCUGGAAUAGGUCCUCCUCUCUUUCCCAAAAAAAAACUCAUACCGUCUGGCAUUACUCCCCGGCCUUCUUGGUUGAGGCAGCUGCACCUGUAGAAGUAAGGGGCAGUGGUCCGAUCUUGGAGAAACCAAGUGUUGGACUUGCGCAUUCGGAAACAAGGUCAUCCAUGUCGGAUUUGCCACUCCCCUAUCUAACCGGACUUUAACAUUUUGACCACCCCGUUGUUUAUUAUCAUAAGUCCAAGGUAGCCCAAGAAAGCCAAUGUCAAAGAGGUCACAAUGGGAUAAUACCUCUCUGAAAUCCAUCAUCUGGUUCUCCUGUCGCUUAGUGUGUGAGUAAUGUUCACCUUGCCACAUUGCUUCAUUAAAAUCGCCUAUUAUCAGCCAUGGGGCAUUUGAGUGUGGCUUAAUCCGAUGUAAUAAAGUCCACAUAUGGUGCCUAUCCUGCACCCUAGGUUCGCCAUACACAAAAGUUCCCCGCCAUUGGACCCCAUUGGGUCCUUCCCGAACAAGCACAUCAAUAUGAUGCUUCCCGAAAGAGAGAAGCUCCACCACAAGGCUUUCAUCCCAGAAAAGCCCCAAACCUCCACCUUUGCAAUCUCCCUUAACUGUGAGACAGUGUUUCAACCUUAUCCACCAUCUUAAUCUUCGAACGUACUCUCAUUCCUGUCUAGUUUCGGACAGAAAAACGAUCUUAGGCUUAUGCUUCUGCACAAGGCAGACCACCUCUUGAACUGUCCGGGUUUGCCCAAGUCCCCGGUAGUUCCAACAUAGAGUAUACAUUAGGCCCGGCGGAGCUCCUCAAUGGAGCCCGCCGAUGUUGCCAAGUCAUUUUGGUUUAGUUGAAUGUUUUCCACCAUUUUCUGCCUCUUCAAGUCCCUGCUAGCAAUAAAAUCAUCUACAUUCUCCUCAUCUUCCCCUCCCUCCUUCAUGUUGACAUCAGCCUCUAAAACCUCUCCAUUCAGGGCCGAGCCAGGAGGUCUAACAAUCGGGGUGUUGCCAGGCCCUUCCUCCCCAUCAAGUUCUGUAUCACACUGCUCAAGUGUUAGACGCCUCUUACUCAAAGGGGUUGAUCCCCUCUGGUUCUUCUUAAGGUCUUCCUCAUCCUCAUCAUAUUCCUCCGGGCCAUGUUGAGAGAGGCCAGAACCCCUUCUCCCAGUCUCCUUCUUACGCCCUCCUCCUUCUUCCCCUCCUGGCGUCCAGAAACCUCUCCUUCUGAACUCCGGAGCUAUCAAUAUCUCUGGAUAGAUUAUCACCUCUGACGGGUGCACUCCAUCACCGUGUUCCUUAGUGACAUGUCUCACCAGUCCACACACUCCACAGAACAUAGGCAUCUUUUCAUACAUAAGCCUGAAGAACAUCUUCCUUUUGUUUAAUGUUGUACUGGCUGCCCGUGUGAGGGGUUUUUGUACAUCAAUGAGCACCCUCACACGAACACCAUCACCCCUACCCCGAACUGAGUCAGUAUCCAACUUAAGAACGGUACUUGCACGUCGGGCCAAUUGAGUGGCAAUACUUCCAGUCCGGAUCUUCUCCUUUAGGUCAUGCACUUGCACCCAUGCGGGGAAUGUUUCAAGUUCAACCGACUUAACAUCUGCCCAGCCAUCAUAGGGUGCCAGCAACAAUGGACAGCCUCUGAAGAUCCAAGGACCAUUCUCCAUUACCCGUUUCCAGUCAGCCAAGCAGUGAAAUUUGAUCACGAACAAGUCUCCUUUCACCGCUCGAAAUUCCACGUUCUUUGCACUAUUCCAUGCAGAACGUAUGCUGCGAAGAAGGCACUAUGACUAAACGUUUUGGAAGUGUGAACCCUAGCAAGAGCCAACCAUCUUGGCCGCAGCUUCCAGUUCCUCUAAAUCUUCCUCAGGACCCGUGUUUUCUCAGAACCGGCCCUGCUCUUCGAUAGGCUCCACUUUCACUCCAUAUUUCACGUUCGUCUUCCAUGAGUUCACAAGCGCAGGUUGAUUUGAUGAAGAACUCUCACCUGCCAUGGAUUCCUUUCUUGGUAGAAGGUGUAAGCAAUCCAAUCAGGGCACAAUCAGAAGCGGUGGAAAACUCCAAGGUAUCGCCUAGGAGGAGAGAACCCCUAUUAGGACUGGUGGUGAUGAACAAUAAUGAAGACGAAAAGGUUCAAGACGGCGUAGACACGGCGGAGGCGGCGGUGGAGGAGCUAGACUAUUGCUGCAAAUACUGUACAAAGAGAUUUUACAGUAAGCAGGCGUUAGGAGGCCACCAAAACGCCCACCGGAUGGAGAGAGCGGUGGAGAAAACCGCAAAAAAAGUUGGCGGCAGGUUCAUGGAUGUCAGGAACUUCGGCGGCGACCCGUUUUCUCCCGUGUCCACCUUGCCGAGUUCCCUCCAGUCACAAUUUCCGGGCGGGUCGGGCGGCCAGAUAAGCUUUUACCAUGACUUGCUCAUCAGCCACCAGCUCGCCUCCUCCAAACGCCGGCCGCCACUGCCGGCGACGGUUCCACCCCGGCACUAUACGGUCCCUUUUCCACCCACCGAAAAGAGACCCGUUUUCCCAAGGAUGCAAAACCCGCAUUUUACUUGUACCCAGGGUUUGCCGCCAGCAACAAUGGUUGUCGCCAGCACGUCCACCAUGAAGUCUCAUGUGUCUCCCAUGCAUGGCUACGUGAAAGUAGUCAACUCCAAUAGGAGGAAUCAAGAAAGCAAGGACGUUGAGCUGGACUUGACUCUCAAACUUUGAUCACACUUCAAAGUUCGAAUGUUGAACAACUAUACAAGAGUGGGACCAUGCUUGAAGUGCAGUGAACUAGCUAGCUACAAUACUCCUCAUGUGUCUCAGGAAAUAAUUGUUCUCCUUUCAUUUUCGGUCCGUCCGAAAUAAUUGUCCUACUAUGAAACUUUCCUUAUUUGGUAAACAAAUACAAGUAUAUACAAAACAAUGUCAAACAAUGCAAAACAGUGCCAGGAUUGU